UUGGUUGGUCCCCCGACGAUCGACCAAACCUCCCAUCAUCUUCUUCUUCCCUUUACAAACUAUCAGCGGAUAUCCAGCUUGGGACAUCGCGCCCUCAGGAAAUCAUCCCGCCAUCGUCACUCACACAGGAACAGGUCCAAUUUCAAAUACAAGCAAUCGGUAUCACCUAAACCCCGACAAAUUACCACCUAUACAAGACCUGCAUAUAGGCCACCCGCCUUUUCGCAUUAUUAAAGAGCAACAAGGAGCCCCUUAAAAUAGGUACCGCCGACCCGAGAACCAUUAGAUCGAGAAAGUGUCAAUGCCAAUUGUCCCGCACUAAGUAGACAAGAUGGACUCGUACACGUAUCGUGAUGCUUCCGGUCGCACACCGCCCGAUCGCGGUUGGAGUAGCCGCGACGAUCGCGUCAAAGACGAGCCUCGCGACAGUUUCUACCGUGGUCGUUCACCUGGCCACGAUCGUAGCCGACGUAACCGAUCGCGCUCCCCACCUCCCGUCGACCGCUACGAACCGAGAGGACGUGGUCGAGAUGAUUAUGUCGGCGCUCGUGAUCGAGAUGACAGGAGGCGAAUCAACUCGCCUCCUGCGAACAUUGAUCGCUACGUUCCGGGCCAAGGAGGAGGCCCUCAACCACCCCAACCUACCGUCAACCCGUUGACAGAUCCUGUCAAAUUGCCUUUCCAGGUUGGGUUCUCUUACUUUGGUGAAUGGUGGCGAGCCAAUGAGAAGAUUAAGGAGGAGAAGGAGCGCUCCCGAACUGGUCGAAGACGCGAGCCUGAACGACCUCGCAGAGAUACGCAAGAAGAUCGUGAUAAAGAAAAGGCCAGGAUCCAGGCCGCCUAUGACGCGUAUAAAGAGGAGCUUCAAGCCAAGAUGGCCAGAGCUUUUGUAGCCGAGCACAAAAAAGAGCAAUGGUUUCGCGAACGUUAUGUCCCCGAAGUUCGAGAUGGCUUGCGCAAGCAGAUCAACGAGUUUCGGCGUGGUGCAUAUAGUCAAUGGGAGCAGGACUUGGAGUCAGGCACAUUCGAUGAGUUUUCUCUAGAAGGAAUUCCCAAGAGCGAAAGCAACGGGGCUGGUGGGGUCGUCGAAAAAGAAGAGGGCGAAGCAACUGCAGCAAACGAGGUCCUAGGAGUUGGUGACCUCGUUCCUGCAAAUGGCAGCGACCUUAGGGACGAAAACUUAUACCAGCCUACUCUCCUCAUCAAGACGAUUGCUCCUCAUGUUAGCCGCCAAAAUCUGGAGACCUUCUGCAAAGAGCACCUUGGAGAAGAGGAGGGUGGAUUCAAGUGGCUAUCCCUCAGCGAUCCAAAUCCUAGCAAGAGAUACCAUCGUAUGGGUUGGGUAAUGCUACAUCCUUCGUCUGAAACGGCGGCACCUGUUGAAAGGGCGGACCCGAAAGAUGAGGAUGACGAGAUGAAGGUCGAAUCACCCGUAGCUACCACAACAGCCGAGAAGGCCCUCGAGGCUAUUAAUGGCAAGACUGUCAAGGACGAGGUCCGUGGUGAUUUUGUGUGUCACGUGGGCGUCCACAAUCCCCCAAGUAAUCCUCGCAAGAAGGCCUUGUGGGAUCUCUUUUCUGCUCCUGAGCGGAUCGAAAAAGAUCUCGGCCUUGCUCAGCGACUUGUCAAUAAGUUCGAGGAGGAUUUUGGUUCAGAUUUCAAUGCUACUCUCAAAAUUGAAGAAAGAGUUGAGGCUUUACGCAGUGCGGGAAGUUUGCAGCCGGCUAUAUCGUCACCGACAACAAAAAAGGUUAAGAAAGAUCGUAACCUUGACUUUGAUGAGGCAAUGGACGAUGGCGAAGAAGGUGAAAUGGGCGAAUCUGACGAAGAGGGUGCUAUAGAUGACGAAGUGGACGACGAAGACAUUCUGGUAAAGAAGAAGCAACUCGAUCUCAUGAUUGAGUACCUUCGCCGAGUGUUUAACUUUUGUUUCUUUUGUGUUUUUGAGAGCGACUCUAUUCACGAAUUGACACGAAAGUGUCCCGGCGGUCACCUUCGUCGACCCCGAAGCACACUCUCGUCCGCCGCUAAGAAUGUCGCACGCGCCAGUGCUAGUGGAGAACCAUUUCCUUCUAAGAAGUCCAAGGAUUCAAAGGAGGAGGAGGAAGAGGGCGAGGCACCUGAGCCUGAUCGCAAAUUCCGUAACGCAUCUUCUAAAACUGAGCAGCAGCUCGAACGUGCGUAUAAGUGGGUUAAGACGUUUGAAGACAAGAUUAUGCAAAUUCUCGAGCCCGAGUCAGUAGACAUUCGUAAACUCGGCGGUAAACCCACCGAGGAUGCUCUCAAUGACGAGCUCUCCAAAUUUGUUAAGCAGGAAGAUGAGCAUAAGUGGAGGUGUAAGGUACCUGAGUGCACGAAACUUUUCAAAGAGGAGCAUUUCUGGAAGAAGCACGUGGAAAAGCGUCACGCUGAUUGGUUAGAUAUGAUGAAGCAAGAGUUUGAUCUAAUCAACGCAUACGUGCUUGAUCCCGCGCACAUUGCGCCUUCGCGAACCGAUGCCAAUAGUAAUGGCCAUUUCCCGCCUUCUAAUGGCCAAACGCAGCAGGGCACCCCCCGCGGAUUUAACUUGCAAAACUUCACCAUGAACAAUAUGGUCCCUCAAUUCCCUGGCUUCCCCAGCCUGCCUGGUAUGCCUCCGCUCUUCACGGGAAAUAAUAAUGUCCAGGCUCCCGGGUGGACUGCAGGAGGUGAGGAACGUAGCGCCGGCCCUAUCCGUCGUGGCGGUGCCAACUCUGGACGAUUCCAGAACCGCACCGGUCCGUACGACAGACGUCAGCAGCAAGGACGUUGGAGUCAGGAUGGACAGGGUGCAGGCCGCGGUAGAGGCGGUGCCGGUCGUUGGGGUGAUGGUGCCGCAGGAGGAGCGGCCGUCGGUCCUCGUGAGGCCGUUCAGGGUCGCAGUCUCAAGAGCUACGAAGACCUUGACCACGUCGCAGGUGGAGGCGGCGGUGAAUUAAACUACUAGGCUCUCCAGUAACAGGUAUGCAAAAUAGGCGUGAGAUUGCCAACAUCACGCCCAUUACAGUCCACCAAUUUGCAGGAAACAAGGCUUGCCUCAUACAAGUCAAGUCAUAUGCUAUUCGUUGUAUCCUCAAAUGAUAUGCCAUGGACAUCGAAUCGAUUUCCUUAUUUUACGACAAAAUAUUAACAAAACAAAUCCACCCACCCGCCCAAUUGUCUUAAGUCAACAAGACAAUCUAGCCAAAACCCCCUUUUCGUCAAGCCCCUCGGUCCGGAACUUUUGACCUCUUACCCAUGGUUAGUCCGCUUAGGUUGCUCAACCCAUACUGCGCGCCAUCUCGAGGGCAAAAGGUAAAACCCUGUAAGGUCGUUGGCUUUCCCCCCUUAACUUGGCAUCCACGACAACGGUAUUUCUUAAAAGGGGAAAGGAAAUGUGCUUUGACAAAGACAAUACUGUGCGUGGUGGUAUCGUAUCGCCUUGUCGAGAUAACCCGAUAGCCCAAGCCGCUGUGUCUAGAUAGCUUACCUACCUAGACACACAUACGUUGUUGUUUUUUUUAGAUUCUUCGCGUAAUGAAUUGUACAGUACACAUACAUGCACCAUUGCCAAUUUGGCAUUUCAUA